AUGAGUGACCACCAGAAUCCCCCACGUGAGGCUUUGGGCACCGUUGAAGGCCCCGACGCAAAGAACCAAAGCCUGAUCGACACUCCGCUUGUCGCAGCAACCCCAGACAACGGCAGCGAUUUCUACAAUACCCCUCUGACUGGAGGAACACCUAUACCUAGUGUAAACGGUAUGGUUGCGGAGGCAGCUGGCGCUGAAUCUGUGGCUCAGCCCCAAGCUCCAAUCCCUGGGCUGAACCUCAUCGAUCACCCCGCCCAACAAGACACCAACAUGGAGCCCGAGCCCAUAAUCGAGAAAAAGGAUGAUCAAAAUACGUCCCAGCACCAAGGUUCCGAUGUGGUGAAGAAUGAAGAAUCGCAGACGAACGAAAUCAAGACUGAGCCAAGCGAACCUCUCGAUGCGCCGAUGCAUGGAGAAUCACAGACAACCCAGGUCAAGCGUGAGACAAACGAACGUCUUAAUGAUGUGAUGGAAAUUGUCGACACUCAUGACGGCAACAUGAUUGAAGCUGGUGGAAGUGAUGUGAAAGAGGAAGAGGAAGAACACCCAGAGUGGGAAGUCGAUUCAUCUCCGUAUGAAUCAUCCUCAGACAGCUCUGACUCCUCGGACUCGAGUGACAGUGACGAUGAAGACUAUCCCAUCCUGAGUGCCGAGGAGCAAGCUCGCAUCCUCAUGCAAGCAGAGGCUGGCUCUGACGAUGAGGGCGACAACAAGGGAAAGGCAGGCGCGAACCUCCGUACGGCCAACGAGAUUGAACAAGAGGUCCUGCCGCUCCCGGAUGUCGAAAUCACACCCGAGAUGAAGAUCGUGUUCUUGGGUAAAAUCCACGCCGCCAUUGAUAACAACGUUCUUAUUGAGGCCAACACAUCUGGAGAAUACCAGGUUCUUGAGUCUGGCUCUUUGCUCUGCUCUGCCGAUCGCAAGGUCAUUGGUGUAGUCGCCGAGACCUUGGGUAGAGUGGAGAACCCACUGUACACCAUGACCUAUGCAACUGCAUCCGAGGUACAAGAGAGAGGCCUUGUCAAGGGAAUGGAUAUUUUCUAUGUCGAGGGACACUCUACGUUUGUUUUCACACAGCCCCUCAAGGGCAUGAAGGGAAGUGAUGCGUCCAAUUUCCACGACGAGGAAGUGGCUGCCGAAGAGAUGGAAUUCUCAGACGACGAAGAAGAGGCUGAGUAUAAGCGCAAGUUGAAGCAGAAGCGCCAAGAGCGCAAGGAGGCCCGGGAUGGACCCAAAGGCAAGAAGGCCGCACCAGGACCCUCGAAAUUGAGCCAGACUGAGCUCAACUACGACGAUGCAGCGGGCGAGGAAGGUUACACUCCCCUCGAACGCCCUACAAAUCUCCAUGAGAUGAUGGGUGCUCGCGAGGCACCGGUUGAAGGAAAUGAACGUGGCGGUCACCGUGGCAGAGGUCGUGGCCGAGGUGAUCGUGGCCGUGGUGGGCGAGGCCGUGGUGGAGCUGGCAGAGGUGGAAGAGAAUGGGAUCAUGACCGUCGUCCUCAACAAAGUCAUGAACCCCAGCACCAGCACCAGCAACACCAACCGCAGCCACAGGCCCAUGCUCAGCCCCAAGCGCAGCCCGCUCCUUAUGGACAGCCCAUGUAUGGCAUGCCUCAGCCUUUCGCCGCUUACGCCCAAUACGCACAGCAGCAGCAAGCCCAGAACCCGCAGUUCGCUCAACAGCAGCCACAAUUCGGCCAAGGUGGACCGCAGCCACAGUACCCCUUCCAGUUCCCCUUCCAACAGCCUCAGAUGCAGCCAGGUUUCCAGAAUAUGCCCCAGGGUGCCCCUCAUAUCAACCCUCUUUUCCUGGCUGCUCUGCAACAACAGCAGCAGUUCCAGCAGCAGCAACAGCCCCAGCAAUCGCAACAGUACCAACAGUACCAACAGCAGUACCAGCAACCCCAACAACCCCAGCACCCUCAGCAACCUCAACAGCAACAAGCUCCUCAAGGCCAGGCCCCCCCGAUGAACUUUGAUCAGGUCAAGGCUCAAUUGGAUUUGCUGCGAACUUUGAGCCAGAACCAAGGAAACCAGGGACCUCCCCCUUCCUAA